AUGGUAUUGGGUGGGUUCUGGAUAGGGUUGAGGGAAUGGGAAAGAUUUUUGUGAUUUGUAAUGUUAUACCUUGUAAAUCAGCUAGUUUGACUGAUUAUACCUUAUUUCUACUCAAAUCUAAUUUCAAUUAUAGGAAGGAAAGUUAACAAAUCUGCAGAGGCUCAGACAAGAAGUCAAAGGAUGGACCAGCUGCUUAAGAAAUACGAGUCAAUGUGAGGAGACUCUGAUGAGAAGCCAAGCAAAUCAUUAUAUGACAAGAAACUAAGCAAAAAGAAAGAUCGAGGCAGUCUUGAAGACAGAAAAGAAAGAAGAAAGCCAAAGGAGCAAGCUAAAUCUAAAGACAAUAAAAGAAAUAGGACAAAAUCAAGCAUCCGAACAAUGGGUAGUAUGGCUUUAAACCUUCACCCAAUUGAAGAACAAGAGAGUGAUAUUGAAAAUGGGAGCGAUGAAGAGCUAAAUAGAUCUUAUGACCUUCUCAUGGGAGUAAACAGAAGUACUCUAAAAUCUCAAAACGACAAGGAGGCAAACAAGAGUAUGAACUUAAACACCACGCGGAUACCGCAUUCCGAAAAUGUAUCGCCAAAGAAGACUCAAAAAUUAUCUGUAGGAAUUCCCAACAUGGAUACUUCAAAGCUAAAGCACUUUAUCCAAACCACACAAAAAGAGCAGUUGUCUUCAACUCGCGGCCCUCAUAAGAGUAACCAAAAAGACCAUAUGGAUUCUUCUGAAGAUUUUGACGGUAAUUUUGAUAUAAAAGAUGCCUAUGAUACCCCCAGAUUUGAUCGAGAAGAGGAGAAAACACCUGAAAAACAAUCACGAAGAGCAGCCCGUCAGCAGGCAGAGUCUUUGGAAGAAGACUCUUCUAACAACCAAAUUGAGGAUGACUUCAAGCAAGUGAAGGUAGAGUCCUCGAACAUCGAGGAACUUAUGAACCUUGAUGAUAGCGCUUUAUUAGAUAUUAGCUCUGAAAUGACCAAGAAUCUCAAAGGAUUACUUAAUGGUAAUGAAGAAUCAAUUAUGGAUCAUUCCUUAAAUACCUCAAAUAUUGGAGGAGGACACAAGAGACAAUACUCCAUUGACACCUCAAUCCUGUUUGGCGGAAAGGAAGGCAGUGAUACUCUUACUGAGGAUAAAAGUCUUCUCUUCGACUCAAGUAAUAUUCUUGAUCUCAAGAGUCUGAUCGAAGAUGCAGAGGAAGUUAAAGAGCCACCAAAAGAAAAACCAACAUUUGAUGCUAAAAAGAGAGAGGAACAACUUCGAAAAAUGUUUGAAGGCAAGACUUCUCCUCAAGAAGAAACUAGCUCUAGGAAUGUAGUGUGGGGACUUCGUAAUGAUACCAAUCCUGAAAGUGAGAAUACGCAAGAGCAACUCAAAAGUCAGGAUGAUGAAAAUGGCUUCUUUAACCCUUUCAAACAGCCAGUUGUGCCUGAAGUUGUGGGCACUCCGUCAAAUAGUGAUUCUCAAAAAGAUAGUCCCAAAUCAAAAAUUGAUAGUAAUAAAUCUCACACAGUCUCCAGCGAGAACAAGACAGAGAAUACUGGCCUAAAAGUAAUAAGUGAUCAAUACGAAGAAUGGAACAAAAGAAUGAAAGAAGCCAGGAAAGACAAUUAUUUCGACGACUCUUCUACAAAGAUUCAUCGCAAGAAGCCAAUGAACCCACUUGACAAGCUCACCCCUGCUGGAAUGAGAGACGAUCGGGAACACAUGAAGCACGAAACUGAAGAAACAAAGCAAUCUAGCAACACAGCAACUAUCCUUAGGAACUCUUCUGACAUCCAAGUAUUGGGAGUUCAAGAUCUUGAGGUUGCAAAUCAGCAGCCACCAGCAAUCUUCACUAGCUUUGCUAAUACUAGUGAGUCGUCAUCAACUCCUACAGAGGAUAGUCAGACUAAAAAGGAAAUAAUGAAGAUGGAAAUAAUUCUCAUCAUCAUCAACUGUGACUUGGUCAGCGACUUCGAAGUCAGUAGAUCUAAGAAAUACCUUAAAGACUUCCUCAACAAAAAUCCUGAGCUGUAUGAAGUGCAUUACGGACUCUCACAAGUGUAUUUCUCCCUAGGAUCCUAUCAUUCAGCUCUAGAUGAGAUAAAUAUUGCAAUGACUCAGAACAAGAAUGAUCUUCAAUAUCUCACAUGGAAGGCCCUUUAUCUAUAUUACAUCUUCAAGACCAUCAUGGAUAAGAACAAAAGAAUCGAAGCUCUCAGGAAAUGAGAAGAGUUGUGAAAGAAAAUUCUUGAAAAUCACAGAAGAAAUCUCUUCGCAUUAUACCUUCUAUUCACAACCAUGAUCGAUGUGAUUAAGUUCAGAGCAAGAGGUAUCAAGAUUUCAAGUAAUAGCAGUAAAAGUCCUUCCAAGUAUGCUGACAGGUUAAAUGAGCUGAACCCUUACCUUGGAGAGCUUGCAUUUGCUGACCUAAAGAUGACUGAUCCAGAGAAAUUUGUACAGGGAAGAGAGAGUUACAUUCAUUUAGUUGAAAAAUACCCAAAAAUUCCCCAUGCGUUUAUCAAAUUGUGAAUUCAUGACAAAGAGAAUAAGCAUUUCUCACAUUCGCUUGAUACGAUAGAGAGAGUUUAUAAUUUAGAGAACUUGAACUCUCUUCUUGAGCUGGAGGUCUGAACGAUUCUUCUGUAUGCAGAGAUGCUGUUUCUCGAAAAACACUACAUUAAGUGAUUUGAACUGCUUCAGAGAGAGUUCUGCAAAAAGCCUACUUUUACAGUGUUCCUAUUCAGGCUAGGCAUAUACGAAGUGAUGUCUGGUCUGCCAAAUUUCCUUGGAAGUGCCAUAGGGAUUCUCCAAACAUGCCUAAAAUCAACUUACAGUCACAGGAAGGCUGAAGUGAAUUUCUACCUAGGGAUGGCUUAUCGUAAGUUAAAGCAGCCUCUGAAAGCUUUUGAUUACUUCCAGACAAGUUAUGAGAGGUUCAAGGAUAAGGCAUUUCAUCCUUAUGGAUGCCCUCCAGAUAAGAAAAGGAUGAUAAAAUCCUUCAUUGAAGAGUACUAUGAUAUUCACAAAAUGGAGUACAUUAUCAAGAAGAAGGCUAAAGCUGUUCAGCAAGCUGUAAAGGAGCACAAGGAUAUCAACAUCAAGCAAACCAGCAUUGACAGCCUCAUAUCCACCUGAAAUGCUCUCCUUAGAGCUGAUAAGAUGAAUGGAGCCCUUACUAGAGCUGUCAUUGCAUGGGAAAUCAAGAUGGAUAAAGCUGAAGCUAACAGUGUAUUUCAAAGAAUAAUUGACCAAUACCCCUCCUUCCUUGAAGCCCACUUUAAAUAUUGGGAAUUCCUCUUGAAAAUUGGAGAAGUCUCCCAAAUGGAAGAAGUCUCCUACACAAUGCUCCAAGAGGCUGAGCAUACCUCUGUGCCAACUGGAGAAUGGAUGAAAGCACAUACACUGAGAGCAAAGACCUUAAUCAUGCUGGGUAAGCAUGACGAAGCAAUUCAAGUUCUUAAGAGACAAAUCAGUGUGAUUCCUCCUCUUCCUAUUCCGGGACUAAGCUACUUUAAGGAUGGAGAAAUUGUCAAUAUUGAAGAAUCAAAGAACCCCUUUGAUGUUGCUAAUGAUACAGAACAUUCCCAAGAAGCAAGCUCAGUAGUUGAAGAUGGUUACAAAUUUUCUGUAGGAAAGACUUCUCAGCCAUCUCAGAAAAAGCGUAAGGCGAGGAUUGAGCAUCAGCCUUCCAGUUUCAGAGGGCUUAAUCCUGGUUUGAAUAAUUCUAGAUCAAGUGAAAGCUCUAGAUUUUCAUUUGCGAUUAACGAUGCAAGAGCUACUGGUCAUGGUCAUACCAGAUCAAAUAUCCCAAGAAACAUAGAACCUUUAGAAGUUCCAGAAGAAAUGCAUUAUGAAAUAGAGAACUUCUCUGUUUCAACAGAUGUAGAUUUUCUCUACCAGAUUGGUAAAAUCUGUGCUGAGAGUGGAAUUAAAACAGAAGAAGGAAUCAGAUCCCUAAACGAUUACUGACUAAUCCUUGAUUAUUUCCAACAAGAUAUGGACCAAGACACUUACCUCAAAAUGAAGACUCAGGCGAGGUUCUAUAUUGGAGUUUGCUACUUUAGGCAAAAGAACAUGGAUGCUACUGAACUUGUUCUUAGACCAACACUUCUCAGCCUCGAAACCUUGGAGACUAAAGAAGGGCUGAGGUACAAAGAGACUGAGAAAAUUCUCAGAAAAUGCUUUGUGCAACGCCUGAUGUAUGAAGUUGAAGUCUUUGAAGAUUAUUUCUAUCCUCGUGAAUAA